AUGAGCCAAACGCAAGUAUCCAAAAAGAGAAAAUUUGUCGCUGAUGGCGUGUUCAAUGCCGAGCUGAACGAGUUCUUGGCACGCACCUUGGGAGAAGACGGCUAUGCCGGUGUGGAAGUGCGUGUGACCCCCAUCCGCACGGAGAUCAUCAUCCGCGCCACCAGGACCCGCGAGGUGCUGGGCGAGAAGGGUCGGCGCAUUCGCGAGCUGACGGCCCUGGUGCAGAAGCGCUUUGGUUUUCCAGAGAACAGCGUCGAGCUCUUUGCCGAGCGCGUCGAGAAUCGCGCCAGCUGCGCAAUGGCUCAGUGCGAGUCCUUGCGCUUCAAGCUCAUUGGUGGCCUCGCAGUCCGUCGGGCCUGCUAUGGUGUGCUCAGAUUCAUCAUGGAGAACGGCGCCAAGGGAGUAGAGGUCAUCAUCAGCGGCAAGUUGCGCGCCCAGCGAGCCAAGGCCAUGAAGUUUAGACAAGGCUACCUGAUCUCCACGGGAGAGCCCAAGAGACACUACAUCUCAGAGGCAGUUCGGCACGUGCAGAUGCGUCAGGGUACCAUCGGCAUUAAGGUGAAGAUCAUGAUGUCGCACGAUCCUGAAGGCAAGAUGGGACCAAAGAUGCAAUUGCCCGACAACGUCGUUGUGCAUGAGCCAAAGGAAGAGGUUGUGCCAAUGAUGCCACCUCCAGAGCAGGAGGAGCAGCAGUAUAGCUACAACCAGGGCCAGGGCUACGACAACAAUCAGGGCUAUAAUCAAGGCUACAACCAGGGCUAUAACCAGGGCUACAACCAGCAGGAAGGCGUGUUCAACGCCGAGCUGAACGAGUUCUUGGCACGCACCUUGGGAGAAGACGGCUAUGCCGGUGUGGAAGUGCGUGUGACCCCCAUCCGCACGGAGAUCAUCAUCCGCGCCACCAGGACUCGAGAGGUCCUUGGUGAAAAGGGGCGUCGGAUUCGUGAGCUCACUGCCCUGGUGCAGAAGCGCUUCGGCUUUCCCGAGAACAGCGUGGAGCUUUUCGCAGAACGAGUCGAGAACCGUGCCAGCUGUGCCAUGGCUCAGUGUGAGUCUUUGCGCUUCAAGCUGAUUGGUGGCCUUGCAGUGCGCCGUGCCUGCUACGGAGUGCUGAGAUUCAUCAUGGAGAACGGCGCCAAGGGAGUAGAGGUCAUCAUCAGCGGCAAGUUGCGCGCCCAGCGAGCCAAGGCCAUGAAGUUUAGACAAGGCUACCUGAUCUCCACGGGAGAGCCCAAGAGACACUACAUCUCAGAGGCAGUUCGGCACGUGCAGAUGCGUCAGGGUACCAUCGGCAUUAAGGUGAAGAUCAUGAUGUCGCACGAUCCUGAAGGCAAGAUGGGACCAAAGAUGCAAUUGCCCGACAACGUCGUUGUGCAUGAGCCAAAGGAAGAGGUUGUGCCAAUGAUGCCACCUCCAGAGCAGGAGGAGCAGCAGUAUAGCUACAACCAGGGCCAGGGCUACGACAACAAUCAGGGCUAUAAUCAAGGCUACAACCAGGGCUACAACCAGGGCUACAACCAGCAAGAAGGUGGCUAUUGA